AUGUCGAACCUUCCAUCUGAGCCCGAGUUCGAGCAGGCCUACAAUGGUAUGUUAAUCCUCAAGCUUGCCUCAACCCUUGAGAACUCCACUCUCUUCCAGCAGCACCCAGAGUACCGCAAGGCUCUCCAGGUCGUCUCUAUCCCCGAGCGUGUUCUCCAGUUCCGUGUUGUCUGGGAAGAUGACAAGGGCGAGGUCCAAGUCAACCGUGGUUUCCGUGUCCAGUUCAACUCUGCUCUCGGUCCCUACAAGGGUGGUCUCCGUUUCCACCCAUCUGUGAACCUGUCUAUCCUCAAGUUCCUCGGUUUCGAGCAGAUCUUCAAGAAUGCCUUGACCGGCCUGAACAUGGGUGGUGGUAAGGGUGGUUCCGACUUCGACCCCAAGGGCAAGUCCGACAACGAGAUCCGUCGCUUCUGUGUCUCCUUCAUGACGGAGCUGUCCAAGCAUAUCGGUGCCGACACUGACGUUCCCGCCGGUGAUAUCGGUGUUACCGGUCGUGAGAUCGGUUUCAUGUUCGGCCAGUACAAGAAGAUCCGCAACCAAUGGGAGGGUGUUCUCACUGGUAAGGGUGGCAGCUGGGGUGGUAGUUUGAUCCGCCCCGAGGCCACCGGCUACGGUGUUGUCUACUACACCGAGCACAUGAUCAAGUACGUUUCCGGCGGCAAGGAGUCCUUCGCCGGUAAGCGCGUUGCCAUCUCCGGAUCUGGCAACGUCGCCCAGUACGCCGCUCUGAAGGUCAUUGAGCUCGGCGGUUCCGUCGUCUCCCUCUCCGACAGCCAGGGUGCUCUCGUUCUCAAGGGCGAGGAGGGCAGCUUCACCGCCGAGGAGAUCAACCAGAUCGCCGCUAUCAAGGUUGAGCGCAAGCAGAUCGCUGAGCUCGCCACUACCUCCGCCUUCAGCUCCAAGUUCAAGUACAUCGCCGGUGCCCGCCCCUGGACCAACAUCGUCGGUCGCAUCGACGUCGCCCUGCCCUCCGCCACCCAGAACGAGGUUUCCGGCGAGGAGGCCUCGGCCCUGAUCGCCGCUGGUGUUAAGUUCAUCGCCGAGGGCUCCAACAUGGGUUCCACCCAGGAGGCUAUCGAUGUCUUCGAGGCCCACCGUAACGCCAACCCCGGUGCUGCUGCCAUCUGGUACGCCCCCGGUAAGGCCGCCAACGCCGGUGGUGUCGCCGUCUCCGGUCUCGAGAUGGCCCAGAACUCUGCCCGUGUCAACUGGACCACUGAGGAGGUUGACAACCGUCUCAAGAACAUCAUGGAGGACUGCUUCCAGAACGGUCUCAGCACCGCUCAGAAGUACGUUACCCCCACUGAGGGUAUCCUUCCUUCCCUGGUCGCCGGUAGCAACAUUGCAGGAUUCAGCAAGGUCGCUCAGGCCAUGCACGACCAAGGAGAUUGGUGGGCUUAG